AUGUCUUUUUGAUUAGAAAAAUAUACAAGACUUCUUCUGUAUCAUGUAAAUAUAGCACUAAAAAAAUACAUGUUUGGACCAUUGACAUUUCAGGAUGUGACCAUAGAAUUCUCUCUGGAGGAGUGGCAAUGCCUGGACACGGCUCAGCAGACUUUAUAUAGGGAUGUUAUGUUAGAGAACUACAGAAACCUGGUCUUCCUAGGUAUUGCUGUCUCUAAGCUAGACUUGAUAGCUUGUCUGAAGCAAGGGAAAGAGCCUUGGAAUAUGAAGAGACAUGAGAUGGUAACUAAACCCCCAGUUAUGCGUUCUCAUUUUACACAAGACCUUUGGCCAGAUCAGAGCAUGAAAGAUUGUUUCCAAGAAGUAAUACUGAGAACAUAUACAAGAUGUGGACUUAAGACUUUACAAUUAAGAAAAUAUUGUAAAAGUGCCAAUGCGUGUAAGUUGCAUGAAGAAGGUUAUAAUAAACUUAACUAUUGUAGGACAACUACCCAGAGAAAAAUAUUUCAGUGUAACAAAUACAUGAAAGUCUUUCAUAAAUAUUCAAAUUCAAAUAGAAAUAAGAGAGUGCAUACUGGAGAGAAAAUCUACAAAUGUGAAGAAUGUAGCAGAGCUUUUAAGGGGUCCUCAAAUUUUAAUGAACGUAAGGUAAUUCAUACUGCAGAGAAACCCUACAAAUGUGAAGAUUGUGGCAAAACUUUUAACCAUUUCUCAGCCCUUAGAAAACAUGAGAAAAUUCAUACUGGAGAGAAACCCUACAAAUGUGAAGAAUGUGGUAAAGCUUUUAACCAGUCCUCAACGCUUAAAAAACAUAAGAUAAUUCAUACUGGAGAGAAACCCUACAAAUGUGAAGAAUGUGGCAAAGCUUUUAAUAGUUCCUCAACCCUUAUGAAGCAUAAGAUAAUUCAUACUGGGAAGAAACCAUACAAAUGUGAAGAAUGUGGCAAAGCUUUUAGGCAAUCCUCACACCUUACUGGACAUAAAGCAAUUCAUACUGGAGAGAAACCGUACAAAUGUGAAGAAUGUGGCAAAACUUUUAAGCAUUUCUCAACUCUUAGAAGACAUAAGGUAAUUCACACUGGAAAGAAACCCUACAAAUGUGAAGAAUGUGGCAAAGCUUUCAGCCAGUCCUCAACCCUUAGAAAACAUGUGGUAAUUCAUACUGAAGAGAAACCCUACAAAUGUGAAGAAUGUGGUAAAGCUUUUAGGUGGUCAUCAAAACUUACUUUACAUAAGGUAAUUCAUACUGCAGAGAAACCCUGCAAAUGUGAAGAAUGUGGCAAAGCUUUUAAGCAUUUCUCAGCCCUUAGAAAACAUAAGGUAAUUCAUACUAGGGAGAAAUUGUACAAAUGUGUAGAAUGUGGCAAAGCUUUUAGCCAGUCCUCAACCCUUAUGAAACAUAAGAUAAUUCAUACUGGGAAGAAACCGUACAAAUGUGAAGAAUGUGGCAAAGCUUUCAGGCAAUCCUCACACCUUACUAGACAUAAAGCAAUUCAUACUGGAGAGAAACCCUACAAAUGUGAAGAGUGUGGCAAAGCUUUUAACCAUUUCUCAGCCCUUAAAAGACAUAAGAUAAUUCACACUGGAAAGAAACCCUACAAAUGUGAAGAAUGUGGCAAAGCUUUCAGCCAGUCCUCAACCCUUAGAAAACAUGUGAUAAUUCAUACUGGAGAGAAACCCUACAAAUGUGAAGAAUGUGGUAAAGCUUUUAAGUGGUCCUCAAAACUUACUGUACAUAAGGUAAUUCAUACUGGAGAGAAACCCUGCAAAUGUGAAGAAUGCGGCAAAACUUUUAAGCAUUUCCCAGCCCUCAGAAAACAUAAGGUAAUUCAUACUAGGGAGAAAUUGUACAAAUGUGAAGAAUGUGGCAAAGCUUUUAACAAUUUCUCCACCCUUAUGAAACAUAAGAUCAUUCAUACUGGGGAAAAACCCUACAAAUGUGAAGAAUGUGGUAAAGCUUUUAAGUGGUUGUCAAAACUUACUGUACAUAAGGUAAUUCAUACUGGAGAGAAACCCUGCAAAUGUGAAGAAUGUGGCAAAGCUUUUAAGCAUUUCUCAGCCCUUAGAAAACAUAAGGUAAUUCAUACUGGAAAGAAACCCUGCAAAUGUAAAGAAUGUGGCAAAGCUUUUAGCCAGUCCUCAACCCUUAGAAAACAUGAGAUAAUUCAUAGUGGAGAGAAACCCUACAAAUGUGAGGAAUGUGCCCUUAAAAAACAUAAGAUAAUUCAUACUGGAAAGAAACCCUACAAAUGUGAAAAAUGUGGCAAAGCUUUUAACAAUUCCUCAACCCUUAUGAAACAUAAGAUAAUUCAUACUGGGAAGAAACCAUACAAAUGUGAAGAAUGUGGCAAAGCUUUUAAGCAAUCCUCACACCUUACGAGACAUAAAGUAAUUCAUACUGGGGAGAAACCCUACAAAUGUGAAGAAUGUGGCAAAGAUUUUAACAAUCCCUCAACCCUUAAGAAACAUAAGCUAAUUCAUACUAGGGAGAAAUUGUACAAAUGUGAAGAAUGUGGCAAAGCUUUUAACAAUUUCUCAGCCCUUCUGAAACAUAAGAUAAUUCAUACCGGGGAGAAACCCUACAAAUGUGAAGAAUGUGGUAAAGCUUUUAAGUGGUCCUCAAAACUUAUGGAACAUAAGGUAAUUCAUACUGGGGAGAAACCCUGCAAAUGUGAAGAAUGCAGCAAAGCUUUUAAGCAUUUUUCAGCCCUUAGAAAACAUAAUAUAAUUCAUACUGGAAAGAAACCCUACAAAUGUGAAGAAUGUGGCAAAGCUUUUAACAAUUCCUCAACCCUUAUGAAACAUAAGAUAAUUCAUACUGGGGAGAAACCCUACAAGUGUGAAGAAUGUGGCAAAGCUUUUAACAAUAUCUCAACCCUUAGGAAACACAAGAGAAUUCAUACUGGGGAGAAACCCUACAAAUGUGAAGAAUGUGAGAAACCCUACAAAUGUGAAGAAUGUGGCAAAGCAUUUAACCAGUCGUCACACCUUACUAGACACAAAACAAUUCAUACUGGAGAGAAACCCUACAAAGAGAAACCCUACAAAUGUGAAGAAUGUGGCAAAGCUUUUAACCAUCCUUCAACCCUUACUAAACAUAAGAUAAUUCAUACUGGGGAGAAACCCUAA